AUGUCCCACAGCCGGGUAAUUCAAGACUCCGAUGACGAGGACGAUCCGUUGGCAGCGGGCUUUCCACCUCCCGCCAACCCGACGCAUCAAGCCGACAACGAUUACGCUCUCAACUCAGUUGAACCAGAUGUUCCCAUAGCAGCUCAAGUACAGGAGCCUAACCACCCAAUCGCAAUCAAUUUCGAUGUGUUUCUUCAAUCCCAGGAAACAGCGCCAACCAGACUAUCAUCCUCCCAGCAGCGAAGAGAAGAAAGAUGGAUCCCGAAUGAAGCGGGGGGCGGCGGGUCCAUAGGGUCAAUGAUGACAGAGAUUGGCCUCGCACAGCAACGCCUCCUCGACGAUGAUGCUCAAUACGCCAAUCGACACCUUCCCCCGCAUACUACCCUUGAAUCGGAACCCUGCCAGCCUACUUUACCACAUAUGGAUGAUAUACACCUCGUCCCGGUUGUCGAUGUCAAUGGUCCACAGCAUAUAGAUUACAAUAAUAUCGGGGUUGGUCCAGAGCAUAUGUACCAAACAAAUGACACAAUCACCCACCAAUACGAACCUAUCGCACAUACAGAACAACAUCAUCCUCAAAGUCUCUUGAGCAAUGACUUCUCCCAGUCCGCAGCGUCAUACAAUCUCUUCGAAUCAUCACUACAACCCUCUAGAAGCUCCAAUCAUGAUACAAUGUCCUUCCUGAGACCAGACGACGCCUUGCAGAUCGACCUGCAAAAUGGUGCCCGGAGGUGGAACUCCAUGCAAGGAAUGCCCUCUUCGCCGCACGACACCGAACCGAACUCUUCAUUAUUGUCUCCCAAAGCCAGUCGCUCGCGAAGUGACAAUGCAGGUUCAAACGGGAUUUUAGUUCCACACCCCGAAGUGCACCAACCUGCAGAGCCCCUCGACAAACUACCUCCUACUAUCACUAUUGAAACACCCGCAGAGCCAAAGAAACGAGGUCGCCCAAAGAAGCAAAACCCAGCAGAAACUGUCGAAACACCUGACGUUCCACGUGCGGUUAAUCGGGACACUAGCGAAGCAAAUAAUACUAAACCCGAGAAGCGCAAGCCAGGCCGGCCACCAAAGAAUCCAAAGCCUGACGCAGAGCGCAAUGACUUUUCGAACACUGAUGAUCAAUCUACCCUCCCUGACCCUACAACCAUAAUACCAGAACCACAAGUCCAUCCGACUGAGCCAGAUCUCCCUACUCUUCCAACCGAUAUACCCCAAAAUAACACCACAGAAACCACCAACUUCCACAUCGAGAUACCCAAACAACAAUCCCCACCACAACAAGCACCCACAGAAACUUUACAAACUCCAGAAUCAGCACCCAAAGAACCCAAAAAGAAGAAACUAAAACGCGGCAAAACCACCUCCGUAACACUCCACAAAACCUAUGACCCAGACGUCGAAGACGACGUAAUAUGGAUCGACGAUACACCACCAAACCCCGUCAUUCCCCAUACCGUAAACAGCGAAGUAUCACACCCUACCGUCCCUACAAAUAACGGCCAAACACCAUCAGACAAUAUAACAGUACAACCUGAUCCAGCCCCGCAACCUAAGAAACGCGGACGCAAGCGGAAGAAAACCUCCGAUCCGGUGAUCGAGGGAGAAUCAAAAGAUAAGAUAGAGAAACCGUCGGACACCCAUGUCGAACAAGAUCAACAGAUUGUCUCAGUCAAGGUCGACAAUACCACAAAUACAACUGUCAACAAAAAUACCGUCGAUGAUUCAGAUAUACUUAGUGUAUCUCACGAUCUACAGGCUGGUUCAGAGAAUAUUCAUUCUGAAACAACACCCGUGUUGACAACAAAUGAGAGCCCGCCCGAGACACCCAAGAAGUCUGAUUCGGAGCCGAAAACACCCUCUACGGCUCCUGGGGCCGCGGAUACAGAUGCUUCAGGCAAGGGUGCGAACAAAGGGCCCGGCAAACACAGUCCAAUCUCCAUGGGGAAGGUACCCUACCGCGUUGGAUUGAGUCGUAAGGCCAGGAUUGCUCCGUUAUUGAAGAUUGUUCGGCGGUAA